AUGGGGUGGGUCUCGUCCACCGCAAUAUGGAUUACUAUAUGGAGUUGCCUAUUGCGGGGCUUGGAUUUAGCUCUGCAGACAUCUCCAAAACAAAUUCCAUGUGAUAAGACAAGGAAAGUUUUUACUGAUUCCUGGGGGAUUAUCAGUGAUGGACCUUUAGGCUCAAAUUAUACUCAAGAUUCUCAUUGUGAAUGGCUCAUAAAAGCAAACAACAGCCGUCAAUUUAUUACUUUGAGUUUUCGUACAAUGGGAACAGAAUGCAGCUAUGAUUAUGUUUUUGUUUAUGAUGGAGAUUCCUUUCGAUCUCCUCUCCUAGGAAGUUUCAGUGGAAAAACAGAACCACAGCAAGUGACAUCAUCUUCUGGUUAUAUGUUAAUACUAUUGUACAGUGAUACAAACUAUGUUUUGGAUGGGUUCCAUGCAGAAUUUUCAGUUACAAAUUGUCCAAAUAAUUGUACAAAUCAUGGAAAAUGUAUUAAUAACACCUGUUUUUGUGAAAAUGAUUGGGGUGGAAAGGAUUGCUCUAGAGCUCUUUGUCCAAAUAAUUGUAGUAAUGUUGGAAAAUGUGGUUUAAAACGAUGUCAGUGUCGAAAUGGAUACUCAGGACAAUCUUGCUCAUUAUAUAAAACACAUCCUGAAGGCAACAAGUGGCAUUGGCUUUCCCAUUCAGAAGGUGGAUUAAGACCACGAGCAGCACAUACAGCAGUUUAUAUAAAAGAAACUGAUUCUCUUUAUGUUUUUGGUGGUUAUGAUCUCAAUUACAUACUCAGUGAUUUGGAGGUAUAUCGAUUUAGUACAAGUCAGUGGCAAAACGAGUAUGGUAGUGUAUUAGAAGGCACCUCAUCUGCAGAAUAUUUGGAUCCUAAGCUUAUUGCUACCGAAUUAGAACGAAUAGGUGCAGGUGCAAAAGAAUUAUUUGGUCUCCGCGCAUCGGCUAUCAUGUGGAGAGUACUUAACGGUUAUAAAGACAAUAAUACUUUUAGUUCACGUAAUCAUGCCAACAUAGAAAAUGGACAUGACUGGUCAGGAGAACAUAAAGAACGUGAAAGAAAGAUUCACGAAUCAAGGAAUGGUGAAACCAGUAAAAGUACAAUUAGGAUAGAAAGAAAUGAUGAACUUAGAAGAAAACAUUCUAGGCAUCCUAAGCCUCGGUAUGCACAAACUGCAAGACAUCGUAGAAAUCUUGAAAACUUAGAUCUUUAUCAAGAACACCAUGUUCCAAAUAUAAAAAGUGACAUAUUAAAUUGGGAGGAGCAAAGUGCGGAAGAUUCUAUCGGAGACAACAUUUACAUUCAAGAACCUAAACAAACAGAAGAUGAAUCAUAUAAAGAUGAAUCUACUAAACCACCGAUUGAUGAAUUACCUAAACCAAGUCCGCGAUAUGGCCAUGCUGCUUGUAGAUAUGACGGUGGUUUUGUUAUAUAUGGUGGAAAAGUACAAGAUGAUUCUUUAUCAAAUGAACUUUGGUAUUAUAGUGUUAAUACACGUUCUUGGACGUUACGGGCAAAAAAUUCCCCGUUCUAUCCACCACAAUUAACAAGACAUACUCUCACUUUAGCAAAUGAUUAUAUUUACCUUUUCGGAGGUAGUACAGUUGAUGGUGAAUUUUCUUCGAGUCUAUAUAAGAUUAAAUUAAAUUUAUCUGAUCCUACAGCAAGCACAGAAAGGUGGAAAGAAGUGCAUCCCCGAGGGGGUAAAGAGUUAGAUGUACGCGUAGUUGCACAUUCAACUGUGUAUCACCGCGCUACUAAUUCUUUAUUAGUUUAUGGGGGUGUAGUGGCUAGUGUAGCACGAUUUAGUAAAUUAUCUGAUAGAAUGUUUGUGUUCCAACUUGACAGAAAAGUUUGGUCUGAAAUUCAUUAUCCACGAGCACACUUAAGAGAUACUUAUGUUCCAAGAGAACGGGCAUUUCACACUUGUAAUAUCAUAGGGAAUUAUUUAGUCGUAUUUGGUGGAUAUUCUCAUAGACAUAACAAAGAAGAAAUUUGUUAUGAUAAUCAGAUGUAUCUCUAUCACUUAGGCUGCCAUGCCUGGGUAAGCCAUGAUGUGCUAGGUUUAAAUGACAAAGACUCUCGUUAUCCAAAGCAACAAGGUGUAUUUGCACAUGCAGCAGAUGUGCGAAAUGGAAAUACUUUGCUAUUAGUUGGCGGUUACCACGGAAACGUAAAUGCAGAUUUACUUGCGUAUACAUUACCACCGAUGCUUGCACCGGGAGAUGAAGAUUAUAUAGAACCUGAACAGAUUUGUUCAAGACAUAAAAGUUUAAUGGAAUGCACAGCUAAUCCUGAAUGUGGUUGGUGUUCGGCAGACGAGAUAUGUUACGGUAGAACUAUUGGCAGUAAUUGUACAACAAAUCUUCAAACGACACGCUGUCCAGGCGUUUGUCCUGCGCUUGGAGAUUGUCAUUCUUGUUUAAUACAUGGUCAACCUGGUGGAGGUUGGGGUACAACUGCAAGUGGAAAAAAAUCUGUGUCCAAUAAGUUAAAUCGUGGAACUUGCACUUGGUGUGUUCAAAAUGCACGUUGUCAUCAUAAAGAUGAUAAUUAUGGGGUUUGUGGGCUUCGUGAUGAUACACCAUCGCAAAUACCAGGAUGGUGGGGUUCGAAAGGUACAGAAGUUAUAAAAGUCGAAGAGUGCCGGGAAAUGGAUAAGAGGCCAGGAUUAACAUUUUUAAAAUACAAACCACCAGUAAAUUUUAGUCAACCAGAUUCAGUAACAAUAGUUAAUGCCACUACAGUAGAUUUUAACGUUCCAUCUAUGCAAGGUGCAAAAACAGAAUCUGCCCUUGGCGGAGAAAUGAUUGCUAGAUUAAUUGGUUUUCUCAGACCGCCGCAAUAUUUUUGGGAUAGCACAAUGGAACAUUUGAAAAUUUGUGUCAGUUAUAACAGUGCAACUCUACACGUAUCAAGAAACGAUGACCCUCAAAAAUUGGAAUUAGUUGCAAAUUUAACUGCCGAGACAUCGCAGUGCAUUCCAACAAAAUGGCCCGAUGGUCAUCAAAUGAUGUUGAUGCCAGGUCGAUAUUUAUUAGAUUUCGAGUCGAAGAGAAUGGUUACUACGAGUUACGCAUAUGCCAGUAAAAUGGAAAUUACUCACAACAAAAAGACCGAGAAUCCAAAAGUCUUUACUUUCGAAUAUCUUGAACCAUAUCAAAACGGAUCUUGUCACCAGUAUAAAAAUUGUCUUCAUUGUUUAACCGAUUCUUCAUGCGGUUGGUGUGAUAUUAUUAAUAAGUGUCUUUCACGUUCAGCCAACGAAACGGAAAGUUGUGCAGCUAAUGUAGAAUGGGGAGAAGAUGGUAAUCCGAUUCGCGAAUGGCACUAUUUAACUAUUACUCCUUCCGCUUGUGCUAAUUGUUCUAAUUACAUCUCAUGUGAAUCUUGUGUGGGUAGUAAUUUAUGUGAAUGGUGGACAGAAGAAGCUCUUUGUGCGAGAAUAGGUAGACUACCUAAUGCAGUUAUUAGCCUUGAUCAGUGUCCAAUUCCUUGUAGGCAACGUUCAAAUUGUACACAAUGUUUAGACGAGCGUGGAAGAUGUGUGUGGUGUGAGGCCACACAGGAAUGUUUUUCGUUUUCAGUGUACACGUCUGAAUAUCAGUUUGGUUUAUGUCGAGAAUGGAUGGAUCAAGCUGGUCUCAUGGGAGUAACAUCAAGAUCUGGAUCAUCUUUAACAGGCAACGAUCAGUGCAAAAGCUGUAGUCGACACACAAACUGCUCCAGUUGUCUGCACUCAUUGAGUUGCGGUUGGUGUUACAGUUUAGAAAACCCUAUUAUGGGAGCAUGUGUACAAGGAGACUUCAAUCAGCCGCACGUCAAUUGCAGUUUAGUCAUAAAUGAAUAUCAAAAUACUACCCUAGAGGCAGACGAAUUCGGUUGGGCAUACGCUCAGUGUCCAGACGUGGACGAAUGUGAUUUAGGUUUGCAUGAUUGUCAUCCUGAUGCAGUAUGCACAAAUACUCACGGUAGUUUUAGUUGUCAAUGCAAGAGAGGUUUUAACGGCGAUGGUAAAGAGAAUUGCACUAAAACUUGUGACGAAAAGUGCAUUAACGGUUACUGUAGUGAAGCACCUGAUUACAAAUGUGAAUGUUACCUUGGAUGGACAGGAAAAGAUUGUGGAACAAAUUGCGGUUGUUAUAAUCAUUCUACUUGUGUAAAAGAGCCAGGUAUUUGUGAUGAAUGUCAAGAUUGGACUACCGGUACUUAUUGCCAAGAAUGUAAAGCAGGCAGCUAUGGUAAUGCUACUACACCACUUGGAUGCAAAAAGUGUAACUGUAACGAGCAUGGAGAUAAAGACCAAGGCAUUUGCGAUCGACAAACUGGUGUAUGUUUCUGUCGCGAUGAUACACAGGGAGAUAUGUGUCAACGUUGCAAGAAAGGCUAUUAUGGUGAUCCACGAGACGGUGGAAUGUGUUACUACGGUUGUAUGUCACGAGGUAUGCUUGGGGGAGAAGGAAGUGGUAAACAAGGUCUUGGCAGCAGACACUCGCAACAAUCGCUAUGGGAAAGUCAUCUUGGAGAUUCUCCAACAAGGGAGUGUCUUUGGAUAGUUAGUCCGAAGACGAAUUUUUCAACGGAUAACAUGCUCUCAGGAACGCAAAGUGUAAUACAAUUCACUAUACACGACGACAUAAAUGUUAGUUGCCAAGAGAACAGCGUUUACGUUUAUGACGGACUUCCUGAAUUUGUUUCAUCGUCGACCAGUCAUCAAAGUCAACUCCUAGGUGUUUACUGUACAGAAAGUACAAACUACCCUGUCACGGUAGAAGCUAAGUCCGGAUUUCUAACUGUACAUUACAAACAAUUGGACGAAGUAGAGGGUUUUAAUGCAAGUUAUUUGAUACUGACCUGUAAUAAUUGUCCUGGAAAUAGGGAAUGUCGAAACGAUAAUUGUUUGUGUAAAGUUGGUUUUGUAGGAAUCAAUUGUGACAUUGAAAUAUGUCCUAAUAAUUGCACUUCAUCUAAGAAACAAGGAGUUUGUGAUAAGGGUUACGGACGUUGCGUUUGUGCAUCUGGUUAUGGAGGACGUGAUUGUUCGAUUCAAAUUAAAGAGCAUCAAUUAAUUUUCACUGAAUUAUUUAACUCCGAAUAUUUGGCUGAUCACUUAGAUCAUUUGCGAAAAACUUUACCACGAUUUGGUCAUACAUUGGUUGCUGACAGAAGGGGAAGUUUGUGGAUGUUUGGAGGAUACUCUCUUAGUCAUGGUCCUUUGAAUGAUAUUAGACUUUUUGAUACAAAGAAUAACACAUGGAUGCCUAUUACUGUAGAAUCUACUUCGGAGGCCUCUAUGCCUCAAGGUAGAUAUUUUCAUGCAACUGAAAUAGUUCACAGCAGGCAACAGAUAUAUGUUUAUGGUGGUUUGUCAAUGAAAGAAGAGGAUGUUCAAGGACUAUCAAACAACACUCUGAGCGAUUUCUGGAAAUUUAGCCUGCAAAAUCAAAGGUGGAUGCAAAUCACUCAAGAUGAAUCUAAAAGAGAACCACCACCUUUAGCUGGACAUACGUUAACUUUACGCAGAAACGGAGAAUCAGAGAGUCUAAUAUUGAUUGGAGGGUUUAGUCCUAAGUAUGGCUAUCUUGAUACAGUAUGGGAAUUCAACCUAGAAAAGGAGACAUGGGAUACAAUAAAUACAGUUGGAAAUGGACCAUUGGGAGUAUAUGGUCACUCAACUGUAUACCACAGCAAGUCAGAUAGUUUCUACAUUUUCGGUGGAUAUACUUAUGCAAUAAAUCGAACAUUUAUUUCUAACAAAUUGUAUGCAUUGAAUUAUAAAAAUCGUACAUGGUCUGUACUUCCACCAUUUGGUGAUGAUCUCACUGAUGGAAGUAGUUUACCACAAGCUAGAUUCCUUCAUUCUGCAGUUACCACUGAUGAAUAUAUGGUUAUAUUUGGUGGUCGCCAAAAUCCACAUAAUACUUCUGAUUCGUUAAUUGCUUAUAAAUAUUCGUGUAAUUUGUGGAUACGUUUAAUAACAAAAGAUAUGGAAGUUAUCGGAAGUCCACCUCCGCCGGCAUAUGCUCAUGCAAUGACUCAUGCUGAUCCAGAGUCUAAUGCUGUGUAUGUAGUUGGCGGUUUCGAUGGUGGAAUUAAAAGUCAUGUCACUCUUAUAAAUAUACCCAAAGAUCUGUGUAAUCUUUGGACAAAUAAAAUAACUUGCAGAACAUAUUUUGGAUGUUCUUUUUGUUCUGAUAAUAUAAAUAGCGGAAACAAAACGUCUUUGUGUUUUUCUAACGAAAUAUUAAUUAACGAAGAUGAUCGAUGUGAUAUUAAUAUAACUGAAGAGUCAAGAAUGUUUUGUAGUUCAGAAUGGAUGGCGAGUAGAAAAUGUCAAAACUUCAAAACUUGCACAGAAUGUUUAGCUGAAUGGCCAUAUUAUAGAAGUAAAGAUCCAGUGUGUAAAUGGUGUACAAAUUGUCCGAAUGGAAAGUGUAUACCGUCCGAUAAGGAUUGCGACGAAUUAAACAAAUGUAGCUUUAGGCGAAUAUCAGUGACAGAUGUAAAUCAGUGUGGGGAGCGAAAAUGUCCAGCAAGUGAUUGUGAGAAAUGUAACAGCCUUGAAGGUUGCGUAUGGACAAGACAAGUUUUGAAAACUGCGGAAUCGGGACUUGCUGUAACAGGCGAACCUGUGUAUGAUUGGAAUUGUGUACCAGAUAACAUUUUUGAAAGAUCGAGCAUUAAAAUGGGAAGUACGCAGUGUGAAAAACGAUGCGCCGAUCAUAAAGACUGUAGAAAUUGUCUAAAGGGUACAGGGGCUGAAGGUGGAUGGCGAGAAUGUAGAUGGUCUACCCAACUUAACGAAUGCAUUUCUCCAUCAUAUCAACCUCUGUAUUGUGCUGGCGGCGUGUGUGGUUUAGUAUUACGUAGUUCUGAUAUGGAUCAUUGUCCUGAACCAUGUUCAGUUUUCAAACAAUGUAGUACAUGUUUAAAACAUUCACACUGUGGUUGGUGCUCUCUGGAUUCAGCUAACUUAACAGGUCAAGGAAUAUGUACAGAAGGCUCACUUGAAGCACCUACAGAUCAUCCAGCAGGUGGAACAUGUGAAAUGUUGCAGCAUUUAACUACGUUAUUCCCACAUUAUUUAGAGUCUUUCGAAACCCCAGACAAUGUUACAAUGUUAAUUCCAAAUGUAAUACCGAAACCAGUAUUUUCUUGGCAUUACGUAUGGUGUCCACCUGAAAACGAAUGCACCAACGGACACCAUACAUGUUCCCCAAAAAGUGAAAAAUGUUACGACUUGAAGGAAGGAUUCGAAUGUAUGUGCGGCGAUGGAUAUAAAACUGAAACUCCAUCGUCAUUCAAUGAAUUUGGGAGAAAAAUUUGUGUUCCGAUGUGUAUGCAAGGUUGCGUUAGAGGAACGUGUGUAAAACCAAAUGUUUGUCGUUGUGACUUCGGUUACGUAGGUGCCAAUUGUUCUAUUCAAUGCCAAUGUAAUGGCCACAGCAAGUGUGCAGGGCCAGAUAAAUUAGACGUGUGCUUAGAGUGUCAUAAUAAUACAAUGGGACCACAAUGUGACAAAUGUUUGCCUUUAUUUGUUGGAAAUCCAGCAGACAAUGGACAAUGUGUACCAUGUCUUGAGUAUUGUAAUGGUCAUACUCGAAUUUGUAUUAAUGAAAGCAUGACCGUACCGGACCCAAAUUCAAUUGAUAAAAUGUCUAUAGAAUUAUUAAAAAAACAAUUAGUUGAGGGCCCUGUAGCUAAAGCAAAAUGCGUAAAUUGUGGAAAUAAUACGAAAGGUGACAAAUGUGGUGAAUGCAUGACUGGUUAUUUCAGAGGAACGGAAGAUCUUCGUGACGUAUGCCGACCUUGUGAAUGCCACGGACAUGGAUUUACUUGUGAUCCUGUAACAGGAGAAAAAUGUAAUUGUGGUAAUAAUACUGAAAGUGAACCAUCUUGUACUAGCGGACCUAUGAAGGGUACAAUUGCUGGUGGCAAACCAUGCUGGAUGGUACAAUGCAGUAAAUGCAAGGAAAAUUAUGCUGGUGAACCAACAAUGGGUCAUCAAUGUUAUAAAACAGUCACUGUUGAUAACAAGAUGUGCUUUGACUCCAAAUUAAUAGAUGAGUGCAAAAUGAAACCAAAACCAUUAAAUCCCGGACAAACGGUAUUUUACUUGGUGCAACCUCGUUUUUUGAAUGUCGACAUUAGAGUUAUGGUAGAUGUAACUCGAGGGGCUUUAGAUUUAUUUCUUAGCCCUCGUGACGAUUCUUUCGUCGUUAAUAUAAACUCCACGACAGGCUAUCAAGACGUUGAACUUGACGGUAGAUUCGUAUGGCGUAAAGAUCCACACAUGUGGUUAGAUGAACACACUCGAAGUCGAAUGAGAAUCGUCGAAUUUCAUCCACAUAAUACAUUUUCGUUUGCAUCCAAUGGCACUACUACUGAACCAAACUGGAAUACUGGUCCUCAGUACAUUGUGAUGGAACGUUACGCAGAAGGUUUGGCUACUUUUCUAACAAUUGAGAAAAGAAACACGUUCUUGGUUGUGCGGAACCUUACGAAUCGAUUAGUGCUAACACUACCGCAGGAUAAACAUGAACUUCAUCAAACGAAAUUUCAUAUCGCAUUAAGAGCAAUCGAUCCCAUACAUUCGGAAAUCAGUCAGGCCGCUUUCGGGAUGAUCUUCUUUCGACAGGAUCAACUUCAUAUCGAUCUAUUUGUCUUCUUCUCCGUGUUCUUUUCCUGUUUUUUUUUGUUCUUGGCUGGUUGCGUGGUCGCGUGGAAAACUAAACAGGCAGCGGAUGUUCGAAGAGCACGGAGAAGACACGUUGUCGAGAUGUUACAUAUGGCUAAAAGACCUUUUGCAUCGGCUACUAUUAUUUACGAUCGAGACGGAAACGACUGUAGUCCGAGUUCACCUCAGCGGAAAAGUAGACGUAAUAAAUUAGUUAGCUUUCACAGUGACGUAAGACCAGUGGCAAUUGAGCCUACGGACGAUGGUGUCGCAGCUGUAGCCACAGUUUUCAUCAGGUUACCCGGUGGUCGACAGGCUCCUGUGAAAUUGGCUCUUGGCAGCUCAUUGAUACUGUUGACUAGAGUUUAUCCUGUUAACAGUAGGGUGUUCCUAAGACGUAGAAACAGUCACGCGUUGAACUGA